AUGGAAGCUCUGCGUAAAGACGUAAAGGAUAAUCCGUCGUCAAAGGCUAAUCUUUUCUCCAAGCUUUUCUUCUGUUGGUUGAACCCCUUGUUCAAGACUGGCUACAAGAGGAGGCUGGAGGAAAAUGACAUGUACAAGGUUCUUCCUGAGGAUGCGUCUGACAGACUGGGGGAGGAGUUACAGUGGUACUGGAACCAUGAAAUGAAGAUAGCGAUAAAAGAACAACGGCAGCCUGAACUCACCAGAGCCCUCAUAAAUUGUUACUGGAGAUCCUACGUCCUCAUCGGAAUUUACAUCUUCCUCCAGGAAGUCAUCAAAGUCAUUCAACCACUGUUACUCGGUAAGCUCAUUGAGUACUUCGAGGGUCCUGGCACAACUGCAGUCUACAUGGCCUACAGCUACGCAGCUGGCCUCUGCAUAGCCACUGCCUGGAUGGCCUUCCUCCACCAUAUCUAUUUCUAUCAAGCCCAGAGAGCAGGCAUGAAGAUCCGGGUGGCCAUGUGUCACAUGAUCUAUCGGAAGGCUCUCAGUCUUAACAAUACUGCGCUGACCAAAACAACGACGGGACAAAUUGUCAACCUGUUGUCCAACGACAUCAACAGAUUUGAUGAGGUGACAUUAUAUUUGCACUUUCUCUGGAUCACCCCCUUCCAAGCAACAGCGGUUAUACUAUUGUUGAUGUAUUGGAUCGGCCAAUCGUGCCUUUCCGGAAUGGCUGUCCUCUUCAUCCUGUUACCAGUGCAGACGAUAUUUGGAAGGCUCUUUUCAACACUGAGAGGUGACACUGCAGUACUAUCUGAUGAGAGGAUCCGCACAAUGAAUGAAGUCAUCUCGGGAAUCCGUGUUAUAAAAAUGUACGGGUGGGAGAAGCCCUUUGCUGCACUCGUGGAUGAAAUCAGAAAAAUGGAAAUCUCCAAAAUAAUGAAAAGUUCUUAUCUGCGUGGCUUGAACAUGGCGUCUUUCUUCGUGGCCAGCAAGAUCAUAAUUUUUCUGACGAUUUCUGUCUACGUGCUGACGGGUAGCCAGCUGUCUCCGAGUGCCGUAUUCAUGGCCGUCGCCCUCUAUGGCGCCGUCCGACUCACCGUCACGCUCUUCUUCCCCUGUGCCAUUGAGAAGCUCUCGGAAUCACUCAUCAGCAUCCAGAGAAUUAAAAAUUUUCUCCUUCUAGACGAAGUUGCUCCUCAGCAUCUGGGCCUCCCAGUGGCUGACAAAAAAGACUGCAUGUUGAAGAUUGAAGAUUUAGUGUGCUAUUGGGACAAGAUGCAAGAGGUUCCAACCUUACAGAUUCCAUCUUUCACAGUGAGAGCCGGUGAGCUACUUGCUGUAAUAGGUCCUGUUGGCUCAGGGAAGUCUUCACUCCUUAGUGCUAUCCUUGGAGAACUGAGCCAAGAAAGUGGCGUGGUCAAAGUCCGAGGGGAUCUGACCUACACUUGCCAGCAGCCCUGGAUUUUACCCGGCACAGUCCGCAGCAACAUCCUGUUCGGCAAAGAGCUCAACCGCUUCAAGUACGACAGAGUGCUUAGAGCCUGCGCCCUCAAGAGAGACGUGAAGCUGUUGCCGGGUGGCGAUUUGUCACCCGUUGGAGACAGAGGCGCCAAUUUGAGUGGAGGACAGAAGGCGAGAGUCAGCUUGGCCAGAGCAGUGUACCAGGAUGCAGACAUCUACCUUCUGGACGACCCCUUAAGUGCUGUAGACGCCGAAGUGGGCAAGCAUAUCUUCGAAGAGUGCAUUUGUGGACUUUUGUGGGACAAGCCCCGCAUUCUUGUCACUCAUCAACUGCAGUAUUUAAAGGCAGCGCAUGAAAUUGUAGUCUUAAAGGAGGGUCAAUUGGUGGCAAAGGGGAGCUACAGUGAGCUGCAGAGCUCUGGACUUGACUUCUCCUCACUCCUUAAGGAAGACGAUAACCUGGAAGAAAGAACAAGUGUGACCUCCAUCUCUGGCAGGGCCUCCUUCUGCCUCUCCACUCUUUCUGACAAGACCAUGUCGUCCAUGGCCUCCCUGUCCGCCUCCUGUUAUUCGCUGAGGGAGGAUACGCUCACAUUGGAUGCGCAGCCCACGGAGGAGGAAAGGCGCUCGCAAGGAGACGUCGGCCUGCAAAUAUAUAUCAACUAUUUCAGAGCGGGCGCUAACUUCCUGGUUCUCUCCAUCCUUCUUCUCCUCAACACUUUAGCACACGUGGCGUUUGUGCUGCAGGACUGGUGGCUUGCUCAUUGGGCCUCUGAGCAGCAGCACAUCAAUACAACACAGCGCCUCAAUGACAGCCUCCCCACACAGCUGGACCUUGGCCUAUACCUCAGUGUUUACGCAGGUUUAACAGUAGCAGCGGUUGUGUUUGGCUUGGUUCGCAGCCUGGUUUUCUUCAACGUCCUUGUGAGCUCAGCUCAGGCUCUUCACAACCGGAUGUUCCACGCCAUUCUGCGGACACCGGUGCAUUUUUUCCAAAUUAAUCCCACCGGAAGAAUCCUCAACAGGUUCUCCAAAGACAUCGGCUACCUUGACUCUCUCCUGCCGUGGACAUUUGUGGACUUCACCCAGGUGUUCCUGCAAGUCCUUGGUGUGAUUGCGGUGUGUGCCACUGUCAUGCCCUGGAUUCUCGUCCCGUUUAUUCCUCUCUUCGCCAUCUUCCUGUAUCUGCGACGCUACUAUCUUCAGACUUCCAGAGACAUCAAGCGCUUAGAGGCGACCACAAGGAGUCCUGUCUUCUCCCAUCUCUCUUCUUCCCUGCAAGGCCUGAGCACUAUCCGAGCAUUCAAAGUUCAGCAGAGAUUUAAGGAGAUGUUUGAUGACUAUCAAGAUCUCCACUCAGCGGCCUGGUUCUUGUUCCUGACGACCUCUCGGUGGUUAGCCGUGCGCCUUGAUGGGAUUUGUUGCAUAUUCGUCACCGUUACUGCUGUCGGCUGCAUUUAUUUCAGCGAUGACAUGGACCCUGGAGCAGUUGGCCUGGCUCUAUCAUAUGCUGUGACACUGACAGGCAUGUUCCAGUGGGGUGUCAGACAAAGUGCGGAGAUCGAGAACAUGAUGACGUCCGUAGAGAGGGUGGUGGAAUACGCCGAGUUGAAGAGCGAAGCACCCUGGGAGACUGACACAAUGCCACCGCAUGAUUGGCCCAAGAGAGGCUCCAUCACAUUUGAGUCUGUCAACUUUUCCUACAAUACUAGCGAGCCUUUAGUCCUAAAGAAUUUGACUGUGGUCUUCAGAUCCAGAGAAAAGGUGGGCAUUGUGGGACGCACCGGUGCUGGUAAGAGCUCUCUGAUCUCGGCCUUGUUCCGCCUGGCAGAACCUGAGGGCACGAUCAUGAUUGAUGGCUUCCGCACAUCUGACAUUGGACUGCACACCCUGCGCCAGAAGAUGUCCAUCAUCCCACAGGACCCAGUUCUCUUCACGGGCAGCAUGAGGAAGAAUCUGGACCCUUUCAGCGAGCACACAGAUGAGGACCUGUGGAAUGCGCUCCAAGAGGUGCAGAUGAGGGGUGCGGUGGAGGAGCUGCCCAAUAAACUGGAGACGCUGCUGACAGAGUCCGGCUCCAACUUCAGCAUGGGUCAGAGGCAGCUCUUGUGUCUUGCCAGAGCCAUCCUGCGCAACAACCGGAUCCUGGUCAUUGACGAAGCCACGGCCAAUGUCGACCCCAGAACUGACAGCCUGAUCCAGCAGACAAUCCGGGGCAAGUUUCAAGAGUGCACCGUCCUCACUAUUGCUCACAGGCUCAACACCAUCAUCGACUGUGACAGAAUACUGGUCCUGGAUGCUGGUCAAAUCCAAGAGUAUGAUGAGCCUUACAUGCUGCUCCAGAACCACGAAGGCCUUUUCUACCAGAUGGUCCAGCAGACAGGUCGAUCAGAAGCUGCUUCACUGCUGCACAUGGCCAAACAGGGAAGACUCCCAAUUACUAACAUGGUCAAGACCAAAGAGCUGUCCAAAGACACCAGAGAUAGAAUGGUGGACCUCUACAAGUCUGGAAAGGGUUACAGGGCAAUUGCCGAGCAGCUUGGUGAUAUAAGAUCCACCAUUGGAGUGCACCAGAACAAAAAGCAGGAGGUGCGUCACCUCCAGGACGUCGUCUUUGAGACGUCUCUUUGA